AGAGUGAAGGACAUACUGUUCUUUAGCAUCAUUAUUACAGAUUAUUUAAGACAAAAUGAAGAUCUUUAUUCUGAUUUGGAAACAUUAGAAUUUAAGCAUCUGAACUACAUUUUCUGUUUUCUACCUUAUAAGUUUUACUAGUCAUCCCAUAUUAUUGCAGUAACACAGAAAUGCAGGACCAGCAAUUGGUGGAAAGUCCUAGCACCAUAGAAGCAUUAAGCUGGAUGUCUUUGAAAGAUCUUACGGCCAAAGUGAGUGGUAUGUCUCUCAGUCAGAAUAAUGAGGGAAUUGAUGAAUGUAACAUAAAUGAAAGCAGAACUAAGGAAGAUACAGUGGAACUUGAAAUGCUGCAUCAGAGCAUCCCCUGGGGGAAUGGUAGAGGAAGAAAUUGUGAAGGGUUUUCUGAGAGCAUUCAUUGUACAUCAGAAUCUAACAGUUCCUGGGGUGAUUUUGAAAGUUUCAGUGAAUCCUUAGUCAAGUCUGAGAGCAUCAGUCACACUCCUGAAGUUUUGGUGAAUUCAGCAGAAACAAAGACGUCUAAAACUGACGUGGAGUUACAUGGAGAAUAUUGCAACUCUUCUCAUGGGCAUCACUGCUCCAAACCAUCUGUACACAAGGGGAGGGAAGCUAGUGCUAGUUCGCAGGAUAAGGCCAAUCUCAGCUAUGAGGAUAUUUUUAAGUUGAGUUUUCCAGAAGUCAUUGUACCACAGUCCACAGAGAGCAUAAGAAGCUUAGAUCAAGUUCUUGACACAGAUAAUGAAGACAUUGGGAUUCCUGAAUUUGCGAAGAGAGAGCUUUGCAUUGACUCUGGAAACCUCUGGAGAACUCUUAGACACCCCGAUAGCACCACGGGUUUAAGAUGUCCCUGGAAUAAAUCCCACUGCCAGGAAAACUUCUUAUCUGCUCUUGGAAUAGAUAUAAAUCAAAAGAACUUCUCAGGAGACAGCAAAGAUGGUUUGGAGGAGACAAACGUUAAAAUAAAUGAAGACUUAGAAGAUGGAUUCAAUAUUAGUAACUGUAAAGCACUAAUUCAAACCAAGUUGUCCGUAUCACCAGAUUCCAGAUAUGGUCAUUUCUUUAGUUAUAACCUGUUUUUGAAGAGGACACCAUCAAAUGGAAAUAUGCAAUUUAAAACAGUCCCAGGAAAGAAGAGGAUUUUCAGUACACACAGUCUAAAAAUGAAAAUUUUCAAUAGUGAUGUUUGCUAAAGUAAAAGUACCUAUCUUUCCUUCAUUUUGUUACUGGGUUGUUACCGAAGACUAGAGAUG